AUCAAUAUCUGAAGCAGACAGCAAUUCGACCCUAACAAUACGUGGACCACAACAAAUAUCGGGAUCCAACAAAAUGUUGCCGACACUCGUGUUUCUUCUGUCUUUAACGGGAAUCUAUUGUGAGCCAGAAACAGUGAGGGAUAAUUUUGACUAUUUCAGUUAUAACUUGCCGAAAGAUGAAAUUGUUUUACGACCCCAAGAAGUGAAGGAUUGGCCUCAAACAUCGCUAAACGUGGGACAGAUAACUGCGGUAUCCAUUAAUUCUUUGGGACAACCCGUGAUAUUCCACAGAGCUGAGCGAGUAUGGGACGAAAGCACUUUCAACGAAUCCAACGUUUACCAAGACUUGGACAAGGGUCCGAUCAUAGAGGAUACCAUUCUAGUCUUGGAUCCCCAUACCGGGUCUGUUUUGCACAGCUGGGGAGCAUACGCCUUCUACAUGCCUCAUGGACUGACUGUGGACCAUCAUGAUAACGUUUGGGUUACUGACGUUGCUAAGCAUCAAGUUUUUAAGUACAUUCCGAAUAAUCACAAAUACCCAACAUUGACGAUCGGAGAAGCGUUCACCGCCGGGUUCCCGUUCAGACGUCGUUCUCCGGUGCACUACCUUUGCAUGCCAACCUCCGUAGCCGUCGCAACCACGGGCGAAAUAUUUGUGGCCGAUGGCUACUGUAACAACCAGAUACUGAAGUUCAACGCGGCUGGAAAGCUUUUGCUGGCUAUACCAUCGGUUUCUGAAUCUUGGACCCUAAAUGUCCCUCAUAGUGUGACAUUAUUGGAGCAUUUGGACUUGGUCUGCGUUGCUGACAGGGAGAACAUGAGGAUUGUCUGCCCAAAGGCUGGCUUGAAGAGCUACGUGGAUAGGUUUGACGAACCGACCACUGUUAUUGAGGAUCCCACGCUUGGCAGGGUAUUCGCCGUAGCGUCCCAUGGUGACACGAUAUACGCUGUGAACGGACCGACGUCCCAGAAUAUUGCAGUUCGAGGUUUUACUGUGAAUGCUUUCUAUGAGAAUAUUUUGGAUACCUGGGAACCUACUACUGGCUUCACCAACCCUCACUCAGUGGCAGUCACAAGAAACGGGUCCCAUCUCUACGUCACAGAAAUUGGACCAAACAAGAUAUGGAAAUUUGAACUAACAGAUGUUUAUGAUAAAAAGUAAAUGUAUUAGAAGAAGCUAUAUAGAACAAUCUUUAACUAACUUCAGAGUAUAUUAGAUUGCUUGGUGGUGAAUAAAAUUCACUGAAUAUAGGAAAGAGAUGCAUGUAAAUGAUGAUUCUAGGAAUAUUAUUAUGAUAUUACUAUACGCUCCUGAUUAAAGUACUAC